AUGACCGAGCCUCAGUUCGAGUCGCUCGAAAACUUUCGAAUCACCAAGGCCCCGCCGAGUGUGCUCUACGUUCCAAAUUUUAUCACAGACAAUGAAGCCAGCUACUUUUGGGACCAGGUCCACGCCGCUCCGAAAGUGAAAUGGACUGCUCUCAAGGACCGCAGGUUACAGAACUGGGGUGGCACACAAACCGCGAAGGGGAUGAUUGCAGAGCCGCUGCCACGGUGGUUACAACUCCUUGCAGAGCGCAUGCACACGACGGGGGUGUUUGGAUCUCUGGUGCCCAAUCAUGUCCUGGUGAAUGAGUACUUGCCAGGCCAGGGCAUCAUGCCCCAUGAAGAUGGACCGUUUUUCUCACCCGUCAUCACAACCAUCAACCUCGGGAGCCAUUGCGUGAUCAAGUUUUAUCGACCUCGGGACAGUGAUAUUGUUUCAGAGACAGCGAACGGCCGCGAAGGCAGCGAUAGCGACAAUCCUGCGACGACUAAUUCACGUCAUUCGCUUGAAAGCCGAAGAGUGACGUCCCUGUUCCUCGAACCCAAUAGCUUGCUUGUGCUUCGCGAAGACAUGUAUACCAGGUUUUUGCACGGAAUCGAGCCGGUACCCCAGGACAGUUUGGCUGAGGUUCGCGCAACCUGCGCAAACGCCGCCCAGUGUCCUUCGCUUGCCGCUGCGUCGGAUGACGUCCUUGCCCGCUCAACGCGGGUUUCUCUCACCAUCCGUCACGCGCCAAACACAAUCAAGCUCAAGUUCAAGCUUGGCGGGAAGUGA